AGUUCCAUCGAGGCAAAAUCGACCACGCGUACACGCAAAAUCUACGUCGCGACGUAUGGCUUGAUGUUUCCGGGUGAUAAUUAGAGGAGAAGAGAUUACAACAAAAAGAAAUCUACUUCCUCUGAAAGUGUAUCGUUAUUUCCAGUGCUUGUUCGAUAUUUUUUUCUAGCUUAGGUAAAUAGUGAUCGUAGUUAUUUAAAUUAAGUGCUUCGUAGGAUAUACAUUUUGUAAUUUUAAGGUCGAAACAUGGGUGAACGCAAUGGCGGUUAUUAAGUUUUUUUACUUCCUUCAUCAAGAAUUUAUCGCCCACCGGUAUAACUUUACGUAAAAAAUUAUUAUAAACGUUUAACGACGCAAUUUACGUGGAUCAACACGAUUCCCCGCCUCGUCCCAUUACUCAAGCAACGCCGAAAGGCUGUGGUUGGGUACAGCGUGGUCCAAGAAUAUCCACAUUGCUCGAGGCACGCAAGGGCAGCCAAAAGUUCAACAUCCUCGACGAAAGCAACGUUUGCUUUCUCUUAAGCACCUUUAAUCAUUCUACAAACAUCAAACGUGAAAUCCCUAGUAUAUUUUCUUAUCAUAAAUUCAUCCUAAAUUCUAAACUCUUAAAAAUCAAUUAAAAAAUCGAAGAAUAAUUCAGAUUCAUCUGCUGACUAUAUUUCUCUAAUGGCACGCUGGUACCACGCUAUUUCGUCAGAGGAAAACUUUCAUGCGGAUUCAAGUUCAAAUAUUAGGAAAACACGUCACGUAGGUCUGAAAGCUAGUGGUUCAAUUAAGAAAUAAAAUAAAGGAAACUAAAAUGACAAAGAAAGAGGAUGAAAAGAAGAAAGAAGGAUCGCGUUACUCAGUCGACAAUCAACCACGAUGCAAAUUACGGGUAUUCAUAAUUUAACGCGCGCGCGCGCGCGCGCUAUCCGCCGCUUUUAAGUGGGCGUUAAAGCUGCCCUCGGUUUUAUUUCACGCCGCGUAAUCCGGUUUGCUGCGUGCACGUGCCGCGUUUUUUCUCGUAAAUUUCACCAAAUGAUUUUCGCACCGUGGAAAUCAUUCGCGCUGUUUCGACAGCUUUGUGAGUCCGAUGAAUGGGGUAAAUUGAAACCUUUCCCAAGCUGCGCUUCCACUCCUUCCCCUGCGUCACUGUUCUUCCUCACUUUCCUGUAAUUAAUUUUUUGCAUUAAUUGUUGCUAAUAGAAGCAACGUUCUGUUUCGAGGAUAAAAAUGUAUAGCUCAGUCCGUACAAUUAGUAGCAACCUCCAAUUGCAUUUAAGACGUCUCUUUCAUAGUUUUAAAUAACUUUUCAUAUACCCGUGGAGUAACUCUGAACCUUUUGCGUGUUACUGAAUGCACGCCGGUGUUGCGAUGAAUCUGUUAAGCGAUACGGUUAUGAAUGAUACGCGUUUACUGAUUAGAGAUCGAAUAAAUAUUUAUACUACCGAUUCGUAGAACGCAAUUGAAUACGUGCCGCGUAAAGAUUUGUGCCUGUGCCAUUUCACAGAGCAAUAUAACUGAGAAAUGUAUAGCGUGUUCAAAAAGGAAUCUUAUACGGAUUGUAGCAGGGUAACACUAAUAUAAUCGCGAAUACAGCUUUAUUUCUGCAUUUCACUAUUCCGCUUAUUAUUUGAAUCCACAAAUGCUACAAUCUCUGUUCGAGGAAGUAUCGUUCCGAAAGGACUUUUAGUUUAAAACGACAGCUCCGUAAGUUAUCCGUAGAAGAAGAUUUUUGAAAGAAACUACAGGGAAUUGCGAGUUCUGGCGUGAACGUGUGCAAAGUUUACCAACAGCAGAAUCGUUCUAUUUGAAGCGAAAAUAGAGCGCUCUCCAACUCUCUCUUUCUCUCUUAUCACGUACGUGCGUUCACCCUCGUUCGACCCAAGAAUAUCCCACUGGAGGACAGCGUAGAGCGAACCUUUUCUUGCCUUAUAAUCGCCGUCAGACAGUGCGACGUAGCCGACGAAACCGACACCGCGUCUGUUUCAUAGCCUGUCAAAUAUAUUUGAAGUUGUAGCGGCCCAAAGGGAAAGUCGUCACGAGCUAUAAAACCGAAGAGUUUUAGUUCUAUUUUACCUCGUCUCUUCAGGAUAUUCAUCGUACGAGUACAAUGGUGUAGAAUCUUAAGCCAAGAAAUCUUUAUAUCGAGUAAAAGUUCUGUACAUGAUACGUGCCUUUCACUGUAUCGCAGGUGUUGUAGUUUAACUUCAACACCAAAAUAUUUUUCUUGAUUAAGUGAACCGUAAUUAAUUCUGUGUUAUUAAAAACAAUUUCGUUGGAAGCGCAGAGUUUAAAUAUUAGUGAAAAUAUGAAAUAACGAUCAAGAGCGGUCAACGUACAUGUACAACGUACAUAUCAAAACGCAACUGAUUUCGCAUCCUUUCGAAAGCAACGUGAAUAUUCGAGUCCUAGAGAAGUCGACAACCAACCGGGAGUCUCCCCUCGCAUCCGGUGCAAGAGCGGAAGUAGCUGAAACGUUGAAAAAUUAUUUUUACUCCGAGAACCAGUUCCGAGCUGCGUGACUCGGUCGAAAGGCAGCCGAGCCCGAAGGUGGACCGGCGAAAAUUCAUUGCUACGGUUUCCGGCUGUCCACCGAUCGAACAAAUGUCGAGAAUGUUGCGACUGGAGCUGUUGGGACUCGUGUUGCUGGCCUGUACUCAGAUCCUCACGGAACAUCGCAGUUUUUACGACACUAUACCGCAAUACGGCUACUCUAGACUUCCUGAUCUUCCGGAACGGACGAGAGAGGUGCACGUUAAGCAGGGCCGCUUACGUGGAAUCGUAGUACAGCCGAGGACCACCUACGAUCUGCAGCCCGUCGAUGUUUUUCGGGGAGUGCCAUAUGCAGAACCACCAGUCGAAUCCUUGAGGUUUUCUCCUCCAAGAUCACCGGAACCAUGGCGUGGUUCAAGACAAUUUCAAGACUUUGCACCUGUGUGCCCUCAAACGCUGCCAAACCUGCGAGACGAGGUGAAACCGGUCAGAUACGAGUACCUAAAGAAGCUACUGCCGCACCUAACAAACCAAAGCGAGGACUGCCUUUACCUUAACAUCUACGCACCCCAUCAACCCGAAGGUCAGAAGACUCUGCGGAAGUAUCCCGUGAUGGUGUUCAUUCACGGAGAGAGCUUUGAAUGGAAUAGCGGCAACCUCUACGACGGUACUAUAUUGGCAUCUUAUGGUAACAUCGUCUUCGUCACUAUCAACUUUCGCCUAGGCAUUCUAGGUUUCUUGAGACCCGGGAUCAGGGACGAUACGACGAGCAAUUUCGGGUUGCUGGAUCAAAUAGCGGCGCUACUUUGGCUGCGAGAGAACAUCGCUGAUUUUGGUGGCGAUCCGAACAGCAUUACGCUCGUCGGCCAUGGUACUGGCGCCAUUUUUGCUAACCUACUCCUUAUCAGCCCGGUGGCUAAUAAGAAAGGUCUCUUCAAACGGGCUAUAUUGAUGUCCGGAUCAGCGUUAAGCGCUGAUGCUAUCGGAAAAGCACCCCUACAAAUCACCAAACAGGUGGCGCACGCCCUCAAUUGUCCCACCACGACCGACAAUGACCUGGCGUUGUGUUUACGUAGCCAAGACGUAAGCACAUUGCUGAACGUGAAAAUCCACAAGCCGAAUUACGUUCCAGCAUUCGCGCCGCUGAUCGACAACGUGGUUAUCCCGGACAAGCCUUUGAAUUUGAUGAAAAAUUCUGAACUAUUUGGCAGGUUUGACCUGAUGUAUGGCGUGACGGAAUCAGAGAAGUUUCACAUUCUGUCACCGAUAGCGUUGUUGCACGGAAUGGUGGAUGUGCAGAGAGAUGAAGUUUUACGAGAAUAUGCCAAGGCGACGCACGAACUGGAAGCGGAACUAAUUCUGUCGAAGAUUCUGGAACAAUACGGCGAUUUCUCGGCCGGCUUUACGAACGACUACACGCUGAAGAAUCGGGAUCUCGUUCUGGAUGCUCUAUCCGACAGCGGUACCGUCGCGCCAUUAAUAAUGACCGCGAAUUUACAUUCGAGGGCAAAUCCAAAGAGCUACAUGUACAUCUUCUCGCAUCCGAAAGCGAUGCAGGAGUACUCCGGCCAACAACGUCAGUGUACCGUGCACGGCGAGGAGCUGCCCUAUGUUCUGGGCGUGCCUCUCGAUGGGAGCAAAUACGACCAGCGUCGCCGAUACAAUAUCGGCGAAACUCUCUUCUCCGAAGCAAUGAUGAACUGGUGGUGCAGCUUCGCUUACGUGGGGAACCCGAACAUUGCGAAGCGAUAUCCUUACUUGACGGAUGGACCGAAGGAAUGGCGCCAAUACGAUAUCGAUUGGCCCGAGUACGAACCUCAAAAUCAGACCUACCUUAAUCUUACGAUUCCACCGAGUACGGGUAGGCACUACCGGUCUGCAGAGAUGCAAUUCUGGAACGAAGACGUACCCUACCUGCUUCGUCCUCCUGGCAAAGGCACACCUUUGCCGAUUCGACCUAAAGGACCAAGACCGCAGAUUCUCGACAUCGCGGAUGGGAUCGGAAAGUAUGCAAAUGCAAGUACGGGAUAUGACAGCUAUGGUUCCAGAUUUAAGGCAGACGAUCGCUACGAACCAUCAACUACUGCAGACACUACAACUUCCCCGCAAUCGGACGAAGAAGCGAUCCCACAGCCAAGCACGCCAAAAAGUUCCUCCACGAUCGCUAUACUGACCGGUUUUGGACUGAUGUUCUUGUUAAUCGGUUUCAUUGCGUUCGUCUACUUGUAUCGCAAGAAACACGAUGCGAAAGCUAAAGGGACUGGAGUGAAAAGACGCGUUAGUCAGAGAGAGGAUUCGAAACGAGCGAAAUCGGACAAGUUCGAGAACCACUAUGGAGAGCUCGGUUACAAGAGCGACAGUAAGCCGGAUCUGAACGACGUGAUAAAGAACGACAAGGCGUACGACAACAACUCGAACUUUGGUAGACGAUCGAAAUUGUCUAGACAGAACUCUGGAUCCACUAUUGAUACUCACGUCAAGGUUAGGGAGUGGAUACAACAAGAGAUCGUGCACAGGUGUUCCCCCAGGUUUCUAAGGAAAACGCGAGAAACCUUGCAAAAGGAGCAUCAGGACAAGCUAACGAAACAACAAGAAGUGGAGAAGAAAAGGUUAGAAGAAGAACUAUCGAAAGAAAGGAAAGAGGAGCCGAUCUACGACAAAGAUCCAGCGCUGGUCGUACGUCCUGGCAAGAAAUCAAAGGUCCCAAAGGUCUCCGUAGCCGUUGAUGCCACACCCGCGACAAGAACCGAAUCGAUCCUGAACCAGGUGCCUAUCGAGCUAGCAAAGGGCGUCGAACCGGACGAUUCGUUCAACAAGAACAUCGACUAUCCUAUAGUCGAUCUCAGCCAGUUACAGACAGCUCCUCAAGUGGUUGUCAUAGAGCAUCAUCACUCGAAGAGCGAUCCGUUACCAAUGGAAAACGUGUUGAAGAGCGUGAAACCGAAUUUCUCCACACCCAGGAUAUACGAGUCCGAUUCUGGCAGCGCUAGCAGUCUUUACGCGAAGAUUAACCCAAAAUUGAAAUCCCGCUUACCUCGUCCCGAGCUGGCAGUGAAUCCUGACGGAUCGACCGUGGAUCAGAGCGAGGAAAUUUACAUGAAGAUGGGACCAAAGUUAACUACAUUCGGCGCCAACAGUCCACCAAGCUGUGAUAUAAACGUAACCUGUAGGGAGCCUACGGUAGAGAGGGAAUGCGUCAGCCCGGAGGAAGCCCUAAGGACGAUCAAGCGCAGAAACUAUCCCAAAGUUCUACCAGACAUCGAGAAAAGACGGUCCCUUCCAGCGCCCAGUAGCUUGUUUGCGUCCAAGCAGCACGUCGGUUCGUUGAAGGAUUAUAGAAGUGGAUCGCAUUCGUCCUCUCAUCAGCCACCUCAGCCUCCCCCAAGGAUAUUUGGUCCUUCUAAGAGCCUCGAGUUUGCAGAGGAGAACGAGAGUCAGCAGGAACCGGAAUCUGUCAUUACUAAUCUCCACGUUGGUCCGUUGCUCAGAAGACAAGACUAUACAACGAAGAACAAUUCCGAUCCGAGUAUCAUCGACUCUUUGGAUGAUAGGAUAGAUAGGACAAGAACGCAAGCCGGCGGAAGCGUCGACACUAUUUAUUCGAAUCCUGUGUGUUCCGUUAACGAAACGAUUCAACCGACCUCCCACAGCGUGGACAAGGACAUAGGGAAUCCGAUUGCUCUGCUGGAGGCCGGGAUCGGCAAUCCCAACUGGUACAAAUCAUCUCCGUCUGGAAACGAUACUUGUAUAGUGACGGCGUUGUCGGAACCAAGAAUCACUGGCAGAGAAAUGAACAAACAGGCUCAAUUUGGAGGCUCGAACUGGGACACCAGGAUCCCCGGAAUAGAACCAAGAAUCGUUAUCACGCCUAGAGUUGGGAAUCUUCUGGGACAGGCGAAUCAGAACUUGAGUCAAAUCGUGGUGAAUCUAGCAGACGCCACAUCCGAUGAAAAAUUGGACCGAGAAAUUAAAUUCGGUACUCCGUUAGACUCGAACACGUCCAGCAGAUCUAAUAUGAGCUCGAUGGAACAAUUGCAGUCAGAUUCGUUAACUUCGUGUUCGUCUCCCGAUUCCAAAUUAUCAAAUAUCGCGAGUCAAGAACGAAAAGAACCACGAAUAAUAAUUACGGCGAGGGAUACCAAGGUUUCGUCCUCGAGCAUGAAGCAACCCAAAAUUAUCAUCAAACCUACGUCCAGUUUGCAGAGGACCAGGGAUCACAGAAAUAUUCCUAAAGUGUCUGCCAUUCCACCUCCGGAACAAAGUUGUCAGAGCAUCGAUAGGGACAAGCUAGCGGAGCAGAGGGAAAAGCCACCUCUAAAAGAGAAACCGAAGAUCACGAGGAUUCCAUCGUUUUCCAGGCGCAAGGAAGAGCCUUCGGGCGAAAUCGAGAGGCCACCCAUCUCCUCGUAUCCUGAGAAAACGGAAAUCGUGCACAGGGUGGAGGCAGUGGCCAGCGGAAAAGUGGUGAACGUGUCCGUAGCUUGCGAUGGGAAGUCGAGCAUUCCGAUGUUACAACGGAAAGAGAGCGAGAAGUGUUCGAGCACAGAGUCGAGCAACGGAGCCUUGAAUACGGGCACGAUCAAAAAGAAGCCGGUGAACAGGAAGUAGGAAGCGUCUAUCGCGUGCUUCAUGUACCAUUGUUAAACUUCAGCUACGUAUUUUCAACUGAGUAGCACUAUGCGUUUGGAAUCGGUAAUCUGAUGGUCCUCUUGAAGCUGUAAUUCUGUGAUGAUAGUUGAAACAGAGAAGGGACGACAAUUAUUUUUGGUCUAUCUUGGAAUUUUGAACGUGGUGGGGAAAGAAGAACGACUUUGGUAAAGCUUGGGGACUAUAAAAUUGAAAGUGAGUGCGAUAAGAUGUCGUUUGAGGUUCGAAUCCCUUGAGUUACGAGCAGGCCAGCCGAUAUGAAAUGCCGAGUGUCGAGUGGAAAGAUAAAGGGAAGCUAAUGAAAUUGUGAUCGAGGUUCUUAAUUAGUUUCCGUAGUGGCACAACGAAUGCCCAGUAUAAUAAUGGAUUUUAGUACAACGAAAUGAUCUGCAAAUUUUUUUCAUACCUUAGAUAUAUGAUUUCUAGUAUUUUAAUGUUUAAAUAAUAUGAUUUCUGUAGUAGAUACAAUCUUUUUGUACUAUUCUCAGUAAUAUUACCAAUUAUCAGAGCAGACUUUAGUUCGCCUGAAUCUUUUGCUACUGGAUGAAAGACAAACCAGCGAAUACAAAUUCUUCAGAUGUGAUACACUUUUCUAAUCGCAGCUGUUUAACGACCUUAUUUUUACAUAGAAUCGUUCAUUGUAUAACCGACAUUCCUAUUUCUCUCAUAGGUUGUUCUUUCAGAAUUCAAACAUUAUUAAAAUUUUCUCUCAAACAUCGCUACUUAAUGUUUAAUUAAAAUUUAGCAAUUACAAUUUAAGAUUAUAUGUACCUUAGUUACGUAUCUGUAUGCUAAAUGCUGCUUACCUUCGAUUAUUUUUUUAAUUCUACCGUUUUCUUUUUAAUGUUGAAAGAUCAUUUUUCUCUUUUUAUCUAGAUUCCCGUUCUUACCUGAUUCUCGUUUAAAUAAUUCCUUCUUUUUUACCACGUUAUCGAACGUCUUGUUCGCUCGGUCUAACAUGUACACGAAGCUGAAAUAAACGAUUUUCAUACUUUUCUAGCGGA